AUGCAGUCCACUCAAGCAGCAGUCAUCACACUAUCCUUAGGCCACGCAGCCUUCGUUACCAACCAACCCAUCCCGACUCCCCGCCACGAUGAAAUCCUCAUUCGCACUGCCGCAGUGGCCUUGAAUCCAAUUGACUGGAUGUUACUUGGAAGCACCCCGUCACCGAACGCAGUCAUGGGCCAUGACUAUGCCGGCACCAUUGUCGAGGUUGGACAAUCCGCCUCAGAGCAGUACAAAGUCGGAGACCGUGUAUGUGGACUCGUCAAGGGAGCAGAUAGAACCCGCCCCGAGAGCGGUACCUUCGCAGAGUAUAUCGUGGCCAAAGCUGCCGUCCAAAUUCGCAUUCCCGAUUGGGUGAGUUUCGAGAAUGCAGCCACCGUGGGCGUCGGAGCCAUUGCCGCGGGACAGUGUCUUUUUGGUCCAUCUGGCCUCAAUCUACCAUGGCCACGGAAACACACUCUUGAGGAAAAUUAUGACACCAUUUUGAUUUAUGGCGGAAGCACGGCCUCAGGAUGCUGGCUGAUUCAAGUUGCGAAACUGUUGGACAACAAUCUAACCUCGAGCACCAAUAGAGCCGGAUACACUGUUCUAACGACCUGCUCGCCGAAGAACUUUGACUUAGUGCGUGAGUACGGCGCUGAUGCAGUUUUUGAUUAUCGCGAACCCGGAUGUGCGCAACAGAUCCGAGAGCAUACAAGCAAUACAUUGGGAAUUGUAUGUGAUGCUGUGUCAACACAGGAGUCAGUUCGCAUCUGCGAAGAAGCCAUCAGUGAUAAGGGUGGCUUGUAUCACUCUCUACUCCCAGCGGAAAUGGGUCGUGUAGACGUGAAGUCCACUUUCGUCAAUUGCUGCACGGCUCUUGGUGAACCAUUCGAGUACGGACCAGAUUGCAUGGUUAUUCCCAGGAUGCCGGCGGAAUUUGAAUUUGCCCAGAGAUGGGCCGGCAUAGUAUCUACUCUAUGGUCUGAGGAGAAGAUCAAAACACUGGUUGUUGAUAAGCGAACUGGGGGGUUGAGGAAAGUUCUUGAAGGACUGGAGGAUUUGAAGAAAGGCACCGUUAGCGGCAGGAAGCUGGUCUAUACGGUUUCGGAUAAUUAG